AUGGCGGACGACAGUCAAACAGAAAUCGUUGUAGCAGCAGCAGCUCUGGUGGUCUCUGUUAUCGCUUUUGCUGCUACAUUGAUGCAAUGUCUCCAACAGUACUUUGGCUCUGCUCGAGGCUACUCACACUGCAAUCCCAAGGUCAUGGGGGAUUGGGCCCAAACGAAAUCCCGCCGAUUCUCGCUCAAAGAGCUCCGCUUCGAAGUGCAAUUCGACGCACCCGUUAUAUUUGUUUGUGCCCCCAACAACAAGAAGGGCCCGGUUCCGGAGGCAGAUGUCUACAAGCUUGACGGGACGGAGGAAAGUUUGAGGGACACGUGGACCACCUUGAAUAUGAGCCAGAGAAAGGACUACGAAGACAGAAACCGCAAGGAGCGCAUUCAUACAUCUGAUAACGAGCGGGCAUCCUGGACGAUACUGCUAUCGGCCGUCCAAUGCAUGGAGAAGGAAUCCCGAGAAUGGCAGGAGGAAGAGUUCGACUACCAAGGAUCCCCAUCGCCGCCCCGAGCCUCCCUCCCGGAACUGGGCUUACCCCCCACGCCUCCGACUCUCGAUCAGACCCAUACACUGGUGGUUGCAUUACAAAAGAAGCGAAAGAGCUGGGAUACUAUGCCUGCCACUAUUACAAAGCCCUACGCAACCACCACCAUGUGCCAUCUUAUCGAAAUAACUGCUGCCCUUGGGGUCUAUUGGAAAGUCUUUGACCGAAUCAGUGAUCGAUAUCGUGCGGAGGGGAACGGUUUCAUGGUUCUGGGAGAUCGAGUCAAUGAUCUCGGCCUCCUGUUUUCCUUCCAGGUCAAUGGUAUGUCACGAUUUACUCGGAACCGUGUAAUACCUGUUGAUGAGGUCAAGGAACUCUGCUUUGGGUGGGUUCCAACCAUCUACCGCUCUACACAAGACAAGAGAAGACUCGAGAUUCCACUGGAUGUGCUCGAUCUGAGCUCACUCCAACUGGCUAGCCGGGUUGAGAUCUCAGAAACCCUUACUAUGAUAGGGUGCAAUAACAACGUCACCAAAUAUUUCAAUGCGAACCGACGAUUUUCACAUCUUUUCAGCUUAUCCUUUGAAAUUUUGGCUAUGUUAGCCCAGACGUUUCACAUCGAAGACACCCUCUUUACUUUUCUGCCAAACCCGACACCAGAUCGUUGGGACAGCAAGGCUGUGUCUCUUCCCAAGUUACUCGAAGCCUACGAGCUCAACUUCAAAGAGGAGCUUACAAACAGGGUUCCCAGGAAUCGUACCAUUGUAAACAGGCUAAAGCACCACAUGGAAAACAUUAAUCGCCAGUAUCGCAAGGAUGGAACUGUGGCCGAGACCCUCCUACGUUUUAGAGCGCUACAUGCGGCGUUGGACGACACUGAUGAGAUCCUUACUGGCAGAAAAGCAGCAGCAAGAAAGGAACCUGAGCAGGGAGGCAACCCACGUGCCAAUUUGGAUCCUCGGCCGCUUUCUCCGGCCAAAACCCUAGAACGAAUUGGAACUUUGUUUAUAGGUACUACGAAAAAGAGUGACGCCUCCGCGAAGCGAACUGGGCUCAAGAAGCCCGUCAAACGCGACCCUCCAGGACUAAGUAAGGAAACGGAGGAACAGCAGCGAAGACGAGAAAUUGUACAGGAUGUCCUUCGGUCUCAUAUUCAGGAGGUUCUUCGUCUACUCAACGAGCCGGAUGAACGCAAGGAUCAGCAGACUCUUCGUGUACCAGAGCAAGUUAGGGGCCGAUCAAGAGAUCCUUCCCCAUCCGCAUCGUCACAGUUUGAUGAUGUCCCAACGUUCGAGAAUAUGGACGGAGCCAGCCCGGAUGACAGACAGCACAUCAUGAUGGACGUGUACUUCAAGCGUGUACGGCGGCUGGUGGUGCCGCAUGCCACCCAGUCAACGGACAAUCGCCGGGCCGGGCGAAUCAACUCACCCUCCGGACGGCGGGCGAGCAUCGAUUCUCAGUCCAGCGCCAUCCGCUCUACCCUUGAUAAUUCUCCGACGGCAAUAGUGUCUGUACCGCCUCAGAUCAACGAAGAGGUAGCCGAGGGAGACGAUGGUCAUCCCACUACACUCGGCCGCUCAACCAAUAGCUCGGAGACUGUUCGCAUCAACGGGGUAGCAGCUGAGAGGCCGAGUGCCACGGCUAUUUCGACCCCGUUACCCAGCUUGGCGGGAGAGGCUGUGUCUCAUGAUGAUGUGUGGUGCACGCUUGUGUUUCGUAUGAUUUGUUGGUUGAUGUUGCAUGACUUUAAUAAGUUGGACAAACAGGUGGUUAAAAGUGAGCUGCUUGGCAGCAGAAUGCCGGUUUACAUCUCAUAA